GUUAGAAAAUGGUGAGGGUGUGUUUUCCCAUGCAGCAUUUACAAUUUAGCCACAUCCGAUCCAAAAAGUGAUGGCAGUCUGAUCAUUAAUUGUAUUUGUUUUAAAUAUUGUACGUUGCAGAGAAAUAUUUAAGAUUUGAGACCAAGAAGGUUUGAUAAUAAAGGAAAAAAAGUGAUUUUCCCUCCUCUUGGAAACGUCAGCUGUCUCUAUCUCUGCUUCUUUGUACUGAAAUACAAUAAGGGAAGAACGCCGCACUGUACCUUGAAGAUGGAACCUGAUAGAAAUAUUUUGAAAUAACCCUGAUCGAGUUAGAGCAGAUCAUUUUCAUGUAACACUUUUGUAAUGAUAAUACCCAAAGCUUAAGUAAUAAAGGAAGGAGCGAAAUCUGCCUCUUGUCAGCUUUUACGAUGAGGAGCACUUGCAUGAUUAGAUGUCUUGGGAUCGAUGCAGCCUCUUCUCCCAAUCAUUAAGACUGCUCUUAACAGAUUACAGCCCCCUCCCAAACACACACAGUUUGUUCUCUUCCUGCUCCUCCUUCUGUCUCCCAUACUCUUUCUUUCAGCAGAUAGAACAGAAUACUUUCUCUUUGGCACUUCUUAAGCUUAUUUCAUCCUUUUUAGGGCUUUUUUACACCCUAAGCAACAGAUCACUUCUUAAGGUUUAGGUAGAUUUUCUUCACCUGAGCUCCACUGAUGACCAGAUGACCAGACAUCGGAAUGAAAAAGACUGAACCGAAAUUCAAGUGGUGGUGGUGAAGUGCUGACAAAGAUGGACCUGCUGACAAUCUUCUGUCACCUCCUGCUUUUAUGUUUUGAUCCAUCUGCAGCUACAAGCCUCAUUACAGCGGACAUAUUCGAAGCCAGAGGUCAACGUGUGUGCAAGGCGGGAAAUGGGAGGCCGUGUUACAAGCUGGCCUAUUACUCUGAGCUCCGGCGGAGGCUCAACUUUGUGGAGGCAGAGCUCGCAUGCAGACGGGACGGAGGGCAGCUGCUGAGCGUGGAGUCGGCUUCUGAGCAGAAGAUCAUAGAGCAGCUCAUCACAGAGCUCCGCCCAACUGAUGGAGACUUCUGGAUCGGUCUCCGACGUAACCAUGGAGAGGCGGACAGCCGCUUGGCCUGCCUCUCUGAGUACUACUGGCUGGACGGCAGCAAGUCCACAUUUAGGAACUGGCAUUGGGAUGAGCCAUCAUGCGGCUAUGAGGUGUGUGUGGUGAUGUAUCACCAACCGUCUGCUUCGGACGAUCAGAAGGAGCAGCUAUAUAUGUUCCAGUGGAACGACGAUAAUUGUGAAACCAAGAACAACUUCAUCUGCAAAUACACUGCAGAGAAGCCACUGGAACCUUCCCCUUCUCCCAACUCCACUCAAACAAAUGUGUUUCCUUCAUCUGUGCUGCCGUGGAAUCCAAGUGACCAAAACCAGGGCAGCAGUACAGCUCUGAAUUUGGUUUACGUCAUCAUCCCCACGAUUCCUCUGAUACUGCUGUUACUGACAGUGAUUGGAGUCUGCUGCUUCAAACUGCUUGUCAGACGAAGGAGGAAACCGCAGAAAUCAGAAGUAUGCCAGACAGACCCGGGCCUCUGCCCCAGCCCGGCUCCAACUGACGUCUACAACGUCAUUCGCUCCCAGAAGGAGGAUGACCUGGUUUCAGCUCGCCCACACACUAAAAACACCUCGUUUUUAUGCUCCUCCCCUGACACCCCGACAGGUGACUACGACAACCUGGGAGGUCGGGACACAGAGAGCGGCUUUGUGACGCUGGCCAGCACAGAGAGCUGCUUCCUCAACUUUGAGCUCAAUGACCUCAGCCUUGGGCGUCGUGCCACCCGAGACUUCUAUGACACCAGCUUGGGCCGUCCAGGAAAAAGGGACUUAAAUGACAGAAGUCUGGGCUCCACUGGGCACAGAGAGUUUUAUGACAGGAGUCUGGGUCGUCGUACGACAAAGAGUGAGCAUUACGGCAGCAGUGUGUAUGCUGAUCAUGGGUUGUAUAAUGGCAGUAUCAGAGGAGGGAGUGACCUCUAUGAUUCCAAACUGAGGCCUGGAAGUCAUACAGUAAAGGCUGACCUCUAUCAGACAUACAUCACCAAUGGCAAGGAAGACACUUACCAAUCCAGCAUUGGAACCUAUGGAAACCGAAAGUCCUACCAAGCAAAUCUGGAUUGCUACAGAAAUGGCCUGAAUUUUGAUGUCGGAAAGAGAUACUUCAAUGAACAAGAAUGGAUCAACAGAGAAAACUAUUGAACCUCUGAAAAGCUCCUUUAUUGUUUGUGUAGCAGUGUAUGUGUGAUUGUAAAAACAGUGCACGUACAGUACCUGGUUGUAAUUGUUAGUAGGCUGUGUUUCUAAAUCCCUUAAUGGGAUAUAAAUCAGGUAAAGAAUUGCUGAAAUCAUAUUUUGUUGCAUACCCCACAGUUCAACCUGCAGCCUAGACCAGUGUGCCAAUUAGUUUGUGGUAAUCAAACAAAGAUUUGUUUAGAAAAAUGAAUUGAGAAUUAAUUAAAGGAUCAUCUUACCCAAAUUACAGUAAAACAUUUUCUCACUUAUCUGUAGUCAUGUUUAGCCAUUUAAGUAUUUUAGGUUUGAUUUGUUCAAGUUUUGUAACAUCUGUCCUGAGCUUUCUGACUAAACCCCAAUUUAACGGAGGUGAAUGAACUUUUGUUUGUGGUGCCCACAGCAUUGGAUAAAUACAUUUGAACAUUUUAAAUAGUCCAACAGCAUCAUCUUUCCUUAAACGGUGUCCAGGUCAUUCACUGUUGUGCUAUGAGCAAUUAAAGUGCAUUAACCUUUACUAUAUAAGGGUGGUGAACCAAGAUUUUGAAGUUGACUUGAGAUCGUUUACAGGUCUAAGGGAGUGCUACCACCUAUGUGAAA